GAUUUGGACAGCUUCUUACAUUGGUGGAGAACCAUUUUAAAACUAUAGGAUCUGCAGCAUAUGCUCUGUGCUGUAAUCAACUAGGAAUCAUGCAUCUUAUCUUGUGGGCUGUCGACACAAGAUAGCCACAGCUGAAAAACUUGCCUCGCAACCUUCCAGACUCCUCGUAGGAAAUUAUUGGAUCUUAUGACUUAAUUUUUGGAAGACUUGUCCUAACGCCUCCUCCUCCCCGCCCCCUCCCCUCAAUUCUGACCAAUGGAGAAGCUUAGAAAGGAAGGAGAACAGCCGUAAGGAAAGGAAGCACAGCUUUUGGAAGGAAUUCUGGGAGAAGAAAACUGGAUUGGUGGAUUCUCCCUCGCAAAUCACUGGAUUGGACUAAAAAGAAAUUAUAGCGACCCAUUUCUCUGCUAACGGUGGAUUUGAAAAUAUUGCUAAAAUUUUUUUUUCUGGGUUAACUGUUUAAAAAAGAUGGCCAUAUUUUUUCCAUCUAAGGUCCUGUCCCGUUUGGGUAUCUUCUUGGCCUUUUUGGUGUUCGGGGGAGCAAUGGCGCUAGAAUUCGGGGGUGCCCCAGGACAGUGGGCUAGGUACGCCCGUUGGGAAGCGGGCUCAAUGGGAGAACUCAGUUUCAGCAUCAAAACGAAUGCCACCAAAGCCCUGGUGCUUUAUCUGGACGACGGAGGGAACUGCGAUUUCUUGGAGCUUCUCAUCUCGGACGGCCGUUUGCAGCUACGCUUCGCCAUCUCCUGCGCGGAACCCGCUACCAUUCACUUAGACACGCCGGUCAGCGAUGACCGCUGGCACAUGGUCCUGCUCACCCGGAACUACCGCGAGACCAUGCUGGUAGUAGACAGCGAGGCUAAGGUGUCCGAAGUGAAGUCCAAGCGCCGGGACAUGUCUGUGGUCAGCGAUCUAUUUGUCGGAGGCAUCCCUCCGGAUGUCAGGCUCUCAGCUCUGACCUCCAGCACCGUCAAAUAUGAGCCCCCCUUCCAGGGGCUGAUCGCCAACCUGAAACUGGGCGAGACUCCCCCCAACUUGCUCAGUAGCCAGGGAAUCCAGAGUGACUUGGAGUAUCUGUGCACCAAGCAGAACCCCUGCCUCAAUGGGGGGCUUUGCUCCAUACACCACGGGGAAGUUCGCUGCGACUGCAGCCUUACCAGGUACCAGGGAAAGUUCUGCAAUGAAGAAGAGCAUUCGGUAGAAGGGAAAGAAGAAUCUGUGGCCACCUUCAAGGGCAACGAGUUUUUCUGCUACGACUUGUCCCACAACCCCAUCCAGAGCAGCACGGACGAGAUCACGCUGUCAUUCCGCACGCUGCAGCGCAACGGCCUCAUGCUGCACACGGGCAAGUCGGCUGAUUACGUCAACCUGUCCCUGAAGAGUGGAGCGGUGUGGCUGGUCAUCAACCUGGGAUCCGGGGCCUUCGAAGCGCUGGUGGAGCCAGUGAACGGCAAGUUCAACGACAACAACUGGCACGAUGUGCGAGUGACGAGGAACCUGCGGCAGCACGCAGGCAUUGGACACGCUACGGUGACCAUCUCUGUUGAUGGGAUACUGACGACCACAGGAUACACUCAGGAGGAUUACACCAUGCUGGGCUCGGACGAUUUCUUUUACAUUGGGGGGAGUCCCAACACAGCUGACCUCCCUGGAUCUCCAGUUAGCAAUAACUUCAUGGGCUGUCUCAAAGACGUGGUCUACAAGAACAACGACUUUAAACUAGAGCUGUCCCGCCUCGCCAAGGAAGGGGACCCCAAAAUGAAGGUCGAGGGGGAUCUGGUGUUCCGCUGUGAGAAUGUGGCGGCCCUUGACCCCGUGACCUUCGAGAGCCCCGAAGCGUACAUCGCCCUGCCCAAGUGGAACACCAAGAAGACGGGCUCCAUCUCCUUUGAUUUCAGGACCACGGAGCCCAGCGGUCUGCUGCUGUUCAGCCACGGCAGGCUGCAGGCCCCCAAAGAAAGCCGCUCCGAGCGUUUGCAGAAGGCGGAUUACUUCGCAAUGGAGUUGCUGGAUGGCUACCUGUUCCUGCUGUUGGACAUGGGCUCGGGUGCAAUCAAGAUGAGAGCCAGCAGCAAGAAGGUGAACGAUGGGGAGUGGUGCCAUGUGGACUUCCAAAGAGACGGACGCAAAGGCUCCAUUUCGGUGAACAGCCGUAGCACCCCGUUCCUGGCUGGGGGGGACAGUGAGAUCCUCGACCUGGACAGUGAGAUGUACCUGGGGGGUCUCCCAGAGAGCCGAGCGGAGCUCAUCCUGCCCCCAGAGGUGUGGACCGCCUUCCUCAAUUACGGCUACGUGGGCUGCGUGCGGGACCUCUUCAUCGACGGGAAGAGCCGGGACGUGCGCGGCCUAGCUGAGGUGCAGAGCGUGCGUGGGGUCAGCAGCUUCUGCUCUCGCGAGACACACAAGCAGUGCGGAGCCAACCCCUGCCACAACACGGGCCACUGCAGGGAGGGAUGGAACCGCUACAUCUGUGACUGUGUGGGGACAGGCUACCUGGGGAAGGACUGCGAGAGAGAAGCUACAGUGCUGAGUUAUGAUGGGAGCAUGUAUCUCAAAAUCAUGAUGCCAUUGGUGAUGCACACAGAAGCAGAGGACGUCUCCCUGCGCUUCAUGUCCCAACGAGCCUAUGGGCUGCUCAUGGCUACCACUUCCAAGGAAUCAGCUGACACCCUUCGUCUGGAGCUGGACGGUGGGAGAGUGAAGCUGACCGUCAACCUAGACUGUAUCAGGAUAGACUGUAACCUCAGCAAAGGCCCCGAGACUCUGUUUGCAGGACAGAAGCUGAACGACAAUGAGUGGCAUGCUGUGAGGGUGGUGCGCAGGGGGAAGAGCCUGCAGCUCUCCGUGGAUAACGUCACGGUGGAAGGGCAAAUGGCGGGUGCCCACACUCGUCUAGAGUUCCACAACAUCGAGACUGGCAUCAUGACUGAGCGGCGAUUCAUCUCUGUGGUGCCCUCCAACUUUAUCGGGCACCUGCAGAGCCUCUCCUUCAAUGGCCUGCCCUAUCUAGACCUGUGCAAGAAUGGAGACAUCAGCUACUGUGAGCUGAAUGCCAGGUUCGGCAUGCGCAGUAUCAUAGCAGACCCGGUCACCUUCCGGUCUAAAGGGAGCUACCUCGCCCUGGCUACUUUGCAGGCUUAUGCCUCGAUGCACCUUUUCUUCCAAUUCAAGACCACCGCCACAGAUGGGCUGCUGCUGUUCAACAGCGGAGACGGCAGCGAUUUCAUUGUGGUGGAGCUUGUUAAGGGGUAUAUCCACUAUGUCUUUGACCUGGGUAACGGCCCCUCUUUGAUGAAGGGGAAUUCGGACAAGCCCCUCAAUGAUAACCAAUGGCACAACGUGGUGGUGUCCCGGGACGCUAGCAACGUGCACACACUCAAAAUCGACUCCCGCAUCGUCACCCAGCACUCCAACGGAGCACGGAACCUGGACCUGAAAGGAGAGCUGUACAUUGGUGGCGUCAGUAAGGGGAUGUACAACAAACUGCCGAAACUGAUCGCGUCCCGGGAUGGCUUCCAGGGGUGCCUGGCGUCGAUGGACCUCAACGGGAGACUCCCCGACCUCAUCGCGGAUGCCCUGCAUCGCGUGGGGCAGGUCGAGCGGGGCUGUGAGGGUCCCAGCACCACCUGCACCGAGGAUUCAUGUGCCAACCAAGGGGUGUGCCUGCAGCAGUGGGACGGGUACACAUGUGACUGCAGUAUGACAUCAUACGGGGGUGCGGUCUGCAAUGACCGUGAGUACCUGGGUUCCACUCCUGUCGCAGGGUUAAGCAUCAUCCUCUUAUAG